AAACACGGGCGUAUACCAAAACUUUUCAAAGAAGUGUAUUCCUCACAAUAAUCCGUGUGAAAUAUAUCCCAUAAAGUGUGCUUUUCCCUCAAUGAAAAUUUAAUAAAACUAAAGUGGAAAUGAUCCCGGUUGCUUAACAAGUGAAAUGCAGUGUGUUCCAACGGUGGAAAUGCCGAAAAAUUAGAAUGGGUGGCAAAUUGAAAGAGAACCCAUAGUGGAGUGUUUGAUUCUUGGCCCGAAAAAAAAUGUUAGAAGGAAAAAAGGGUACACUUGUGUUCAACCGAAGAACAUUAAAGGAUAAAAUGUUCAAAUAUGUAUAAAAACAAGCUGUCUGAGGGGGACUAUGUGAUUAGCUACUGGAGUGAAUUAGAAUUUUCUUCAGGUGGUACAUAUAUAAAAAGUGAAAAGUGGAGAAAAAUGAAGUUUGCGGGAUUAAAAAGUGAGGAAAUAAAUUAACAGAAAUUAGCAAUAAAACACAAAAGAAAGGAAGUGAAGAGAAGACAGAGUGGGUAUAUUUUCUAUGUUGCCCACGACCAAGUGAGGGUAAAACGGUGGUGGUGGAGCAACUUUGGUGGAGAAUAAAGUGAGAGAGUGGAUAACAUUAAACAUUCUUGUGGGAAUUGCUGCCUUCGCAUUUACAGCGAAUAUGUUGUAUGAUGGAGUAAAAUGCUGUGAAGAAAAUCUUUGUUGAGAAUAUGAACAAUUGAAGUGAUAGUGUUGAAGGUGGCACAGAAAAGUCAUAUAAUGGAAUAUGAUAUGGUUUAUUUAGUAAAUAAUUGCGUGUAAAAGGGAGUAAAAACUGAAGGCGUCACAUAGCAUAAAAAAGGACUAUAAUCAGUGGUGAAGCGAAAAAAUGUAUCGAUUUCAACUGUUAAUAUUUUUUCUGCCAUCCAUAAUAUUUGCCACAACGCUGGAGCCAGACCAUCAUCGGUCCAUUCUAACAGACAAUGACUGGAAGAAACUAUGGAUGGUGGCGGGAAGUACAAAUUAUGAGGCAAAAUCGGAGAAUAACAUAGAUUCCAGUGAUUCUCCGCAAUUUGAGGAUACUGAGAUGUUUGCUCACAAUACGACCGUCCAAUUGGGAGGAACCGCCUUCCUUGUUUGCAAAGUAUCUGGAAUCGACAGAGUGGGUGCUAAUUGGAAUCAAAUUUCCUGGAUACGACGUCGUGAUUGGCAUAUCCUAUCGUCAGGGGUCCAAAUGUACACAAAUGAUGAACGAUUUGCCAUCUUGCAUACACCAGGUUCCAACGUCUGGACACUCCAAAUUAAAUUUGUCCAGAGACGCGAUCACGGCAUGUACGAGUGCCAAGUAUCCACAGCUAGUGGUGUCAUAUCGCAUUUUGUCAAUCUUCAAGUGGUCGUCCCGGAGGCAUUCAUUCUUGGCAAUGGUGAACUGCACGUUGAUAUGGGCUCAACCAUAAAUCUUGUGUGCAUAAUUGAGAAGAGCCCACAACCACCGCAAUACGUUUACUGGCAGAAAAAUGAUAGAAUGAUCAAUUACGACGACUCACGGCGUGAUAUCACAAUUGAGACGUCACCUGGACCACGGACACAAAGCCGCCUCAUAAUCCGAGAACCACAAAUUGGCGAUUCGGGAAAUUAUACGUGUUCAGCGAGCAAUACAGAACCUGCCAGUAUUUAUGUAUUCGUAUCCAAAGGCGAUAACAUGGCAGCAAUUUCACGGCGGAAAACCUCCUCUGCCAAUUGCAUCUUCAGCUGCAUCGAGAAUCUCGUUGGCAUCUGUAUCUUUGCUGUUAUCUCCAUUAGAAAAAUUUUCUUCCAGCUCGGUCUGGAAGGCCGUUGAGCAAGUAAUAUAAAUAUACCAUAAUAUAACAUAAUAUUACCAUAUAUAGAAAUUAAAUUAAAUCAUUUCCUGCACCACUAAAUUAUAGUUUUCAAGCGAAGUCGGUAAAAUUUGUUAUUUUAUCUUUAAAACAAACAAACAAAAAAAGUGUAUUACUUAAAAAAAAUGCCGAGAUUACAUAAAAUGAUAUUUCUACUAUAAAUUAUAUACAAAAUAUAAUAUAAGUGUGUAUAUAAAUAAAUUUAACUUAAAAUGUAAAACAUUUAGGAUGAGGGCCAAGGUGGAGACGUAAAUUACUUUUAAAAAAAGAGAGAAAAAAAGAAAAUCUAUACGAAUUCACCAAAGAAGUUGAAGCGAUAGGAGUUAAAAAAAAAACGAGAAAAAAUAUAAAAAAUUAAUGUGGGUUCUGAGAAAAGGAAACACACAUUCUAUAUCCAUACGUGAGAACAUGUUUUUUUUGUUGAAAUAAGCUCAUUCACUAACAACUUCAAACAAUACGUAUAGACAAAAAGAACAAGAACAAAUACAAAUUGAAAAAUAACUUGAUAACAAUAAUUUAGUGGAGCAAAUGAAAUUAAUAUUUUUUUUUCAUUUUUUCAAAUAAUUUUCAUAUUGUCAUUAAUUACAAAAGUAAAAAGAAAAUAUGGAAAAGAAAAUUUUCUCAUUUUGUGACCUUCUGACCAAUUUUUCAUGAAAAAAAAGGAGAAGAAAAGUAUGUAAAAGACGGAAAUCAAGUAUAAAUAGUUUUUUGUGUAAAUAAUGUAAAUUGGUGGACGAUUGACUCCAUGUUCUGCGUGUGUUGAAUAUUUCAAACAUUCACAUUAUUUUUUUUCUCUUCCACUCCCCUUUUAACAAAAACCCCUACAUUACAAUGCCGUGUAUAUUUUUCCCUUCUUUGAAUAGACUUUAAUAUACUUAUUUUCCUUUUAAUCUCCCUUAUUUUCUUCCUCCGCAAUUUUGUCUAAUAAUUUUAUUGAAAAGGAAAAAUUGUUUGUUGAUACUUCUAUAAAAACAACCAAAAAAAAGAAAUUCUUUUUAUUCCUCACCUCGUUAACGUUCUAAUGCAUGUUAAUUAUUAAAUAGGAAAAGUGAGACGUAUAAGCAUGUUUAUAAAAAAAAACUAUUAAAGUUAGAAAUGCACUCUGCAACAUGAGGAUUGUGAUAACAUUUUGAAAAUUCUCUAAGUUAAUUAAAAAAUAUAUAUUCCCUAAUUCCCCAUAAUAAAAUCUCCUAUCUUUUUUAUUAUUAUGUAUACAAUUGCAAACUCAUCUUUAAUACUCUCUUUCUUAUCUUUUAAUCCCGAUUUUUGACAGUUUUCCAUUUUAAAAAAAGGAAACUUUCCCAUUUUUGACGGACAUACUAAAUGUGUAAUUUUUCUUAAGAUGGAGACAGGAAAAUUUUGAACAGAACAUGCAUAUAAAUAUUUUCCGUGUUUUGAAAGGAACAAGAAAAGUUUUACUCCUUGUAGAGAACAAACCAAUCAAUAUACUCCAUAUACCUAUACACAGAUUAAUAAAAGAAGAAAAAAAAAUAAAAAGGUAUAAAGAGUAUGUAGAAUAUGAGAGAAAAUUGUUUUGUUGUGUAGAGUAUAUAUGACAAUCUUUCAUUAUCUCUGACUUGAAAUAAAGAAAAAAAUUAAAUGUAUAUGAUAAAUUUAAAAGAAAAAUUAAAUAUACAUUUUAAAAAUGUUUUAGUGAAAUUCAUCCUUCCCAUCUGCCGUAAAGAAAGGAAUUAUCCUUUCCAAUACAAACUGAUUGGAACUAACAAAAAAUAUUAAACAUUUGAUUCUAAAAAAAAUGUAUUUAAUGUUGUAAUUAUGUAUAAUCGAAAACACCAUUCAUACAUUAAAAAAAUCAUUUUUUAAGGGGUAACUCAUCAACACAUAAAAAAGUAAAUUUUACAAGUUUUCAGUUCUUUUUUACUGCCCAAAGAAAUAUUUUUUUUUAAUAGAGAAACCUCGUUUUUAGAGGUUAAUUUUAUGAACAAUUUGGUCACUUGAGAGAGGUCUAACUAACCCUUUAGUUUCCCAGAUUUUCCCAUUUUCACUACAUCUAGUACUCUCGAAAAAAAUUUUUUUUUUGACUUUCAACUCCUGAAAAUGACAUUAAAAAACUUUUUACUUCACCAAAAAACGAAUAAAAAUUCAUUUUGAAGAAUUUAUUUUAGCUUAUUAAUCGAAAUUUUAAGAAUUUUAGUUAAGAACUGACUUUUUCUUAACAAUUUAAUGGGCAAUUCACGAAAAUUUCAAAAAAGAUCCCGAGAAAAUCUGGGUUAAAGAAAAACUGGAAAUCUACGAAUAACCGUAUUUGGCUUUUCCUAAAAAUGCCGUCCUAAUUUUUUUAGGUCUUGGCUACAAUAGAUAGGUAUAAAAACAUUUAAAAUUAAUUUGAGAAAAAUAAUUUUUAUUGUUUAAAUUAAGAAUUAUAUACAGAAUUUAUUUCAAAAUAUAAAGAAAAAGAUUUAUAAUUUUAUCAAACUCAGGACUUCUAUCACUGAAUGAAAGAACAAAACCUCUCUAUUUAUAAUAAAUAAAUGAUAAAUCCUACAACUUUCGAUUAUACAUACAUUAUAAUACUAAAUACGUAUUUAUAAAACAAAACAAAAAAAAUAAACAUUCCAAGAAACAUUGAAUAGGAAGGAGAAUCAUUGCAUACUUACAUACAUAAUUCAAAUCAUAAUAUUCUCUCACAGUGAAAUUUAAAAUGAUAAGAAAAUUGGUAAAAAAAUCAUAAAGAAACACCUUUAAAAAAAAAUUGCCAGUCACAUGUAUGUAUAAGAGAACUAAAAGAAAAACAAGUAAUUAAAGAAAAACCAAGUUACAGUCAUAAGAACAGUUUAAAUUUGUUUGUUAGACAAAAUACCAAAAUAUAUAAACCGUAAACAUAAUAAAUAAAGAAAACAAAAAAUACAAUAAAUAAAAAUCGAUUUUAA